AUGUCCCGCUUCGCACGAGACCUCGUCACCGGCGGUGCCGCGUGCGAACCGUCCGACGGCGCCGGUCCGAGCGGACAGACACAAAAUCCAAUCGCCCGCGUCGCCGACGCGCUCUUGGGCGAUCGCGGACGCGGCGCGCGGGAACAGCAGAUGCGCGAAGCGCGAGAGCACGGCGGACGCGAGGUCGCGCUCGCGAGAGAGGCGAACGGGGUCGGAUUGGCGCAAGAAGGCUUGCUGGGGGGAGCAGAAUUAGGGUACGGUGGGUACGGCGGGCGAACGGCGCCGGCGAUGGCGAUGACGCCGGACGCGCGGUUUGACGCGCGCGCGGCGGAGAAUAAAUUCGCUCGGAGUCGCAGCGCGGUGAUGGCGAGGCACUUACAAUCGCAAAGUGAGAUGGACGUCGCGUUCGAGCGCAUGCGGUUGGAGGAAAGAGCGAUGGAGCGAAAUAUGAAUGCGCGGGCGCACAUGGCGAGAGAGACGGCGAUGAUGCGAGAGAUGCAGCAAGGCGAACGCUGGGCGCAAGGAUUCCAACAGCCGAUGCACGCCCACGCGUCGAGCUCGUGGGCGAACGAAUUCUCGAGCAGUGAGGAGAUGAGACACGCGCAGUGGGCGCAAGAGUUUCAGGCUCGCUCGCCAGUGCCAAGAAUGGAUCGAUGGGCGCAGGAGUUUCAGCAAUCGACUCAAGGCGCGCAAUGGGGAGACGAGUUUGACUCGAUGAACAGAAACAAGUGGGCGCAGGAGUUCUCAGAGCAGCAAACACGCUCGAUUCAAGCGCCGUUGACGGAUAUCGCGGCGCACACGGCGAAACAGAGUAGUGAACUCGCGGCGACGCUUAAUGCCGAUCCAAAGUUUGCGAACUCCAAGUUCGCGCAGCUCAUGUCAAAACUCGGGAGCGGGCAGGUUGUGGUGAAAGACGAUGGUUUACAGGAGAUUGGUCAAUCAAAUCAGGUGGAGCGCAAUGUUACAGGAGAGCGAUGGGCGCAGGAGUUCACGGCGCAAACGCCCGAGCGUUCGACGUGGGCAAAUGAGUUCCAGAUGAACGCGCAGCGCCAACAACCAAUCGGUAACUCUUGGGCGGAGCAAUACGCGCAACGCGAGGGGCAGUUCGAGCAGUCUUCAGACGUCAACGACUGGGCCAACGAGUUCAAGAGUGUUCCUAAUCAGUGGGCGAACGAGUUUGAUGAAAUUCAGCGCAACAAUCCAGAGUUCAUGCAAAACGUGUGGGACGAGAUGCAGAGAUCUGACCUUGCCGAGAGGAGCAAUUACAAGUUCACGGACCCGAACCCAUACCUCGGUCAGGGCGAUCUGCAACGCAAGGCGAAGGAACUAUCAAAAAGUGGCGUCCUCAGUGAGGCUGUUCUCGCCGCCGAGGCGUGGGUGCGACAGGACCAGAGUAACAGCGAGGCUUGGUAUCAUCUCGGGUGCAUGCAGGCGGAGAACGAUGACGAUCAACAAGCGAUAGCGGCGAUGAGCAAAGCGCACGAGGCGAAUCCGCAUAAUCCGAACGUUUUAUUGGCGCUCGCGGUGAGUCACGCAAACGAGCUCGAUCAAGACGAAGCGCUCGGACACGCCCAGGCGUGGCUCGCAACUCAGGAACGUUUCAAGCACAUCGCCAGCGCUCAAGCGCCGCGGACGCCGGAGAACGUCAUGGCCAUGUUCAAGGAGGCGGCGCGACAGUCGCCGAACGACGCGGACGUGCAGACCGUAUUAGGCGUCAUGGCGCACCUAACGAGAGAUUACGAGCAAGCCGUCGCGGCGUUUCAGCGCGCGGCGACGCUUCGUCCCGAUGAUCACUCGUUAUGGAACAAGGUGGGCGCCACGCGCGCGAACGGCGCCGAGAGCUCGGACGCGAUCGGCGCGUAUCGUCGCGCGUUGGACAUCAAGCCCAACUACGUCCGCGCUUGGUCAAACAUGGGAAUCGCGUACGCCAACCAAGGUCGAUACGCCGAAUCGCUCCCGUAUUACGUUCGCGCGCUCUCGCUCAAUCCGAGCCCCGAGAGCGCGAACUGGGGCUACGUUCAGAUCAGCUUAGGGUGCUCGGGACGACUCGAUCUCAUGCCUCGGUGCGACGCUCGAGACAUCGGCGCGCUCGCUCGCGAAUUCCCUCUGUAG